CACACCCAUCAGGGUUUUUCCUUUCAAAAAGCGAUUGGACAACCAAAGUCCCCCCUUCCGUUUUUUUGCCCCUCUUUUAUAAACCAGUGACUUGCUUCCUGUAGAUGCAACGAACUGUGGAAAACAAGCCGAGGGUGCACUUCAGAAAGCUAAAGAAAGAAGCAGAGUUGCUGGAGACGUGUUCUUUUGGAGAAAGAAGGCAGGUGACUCCUGAGCCAUUUUCCAGGACUCUGCAGCCCUUCCCUUCCCCACCAUGCUGCUCCUUUGGCUCUGGCCACUCUUGCUUUUCCAAAGGGCAGAGGAGGUAGGAGCCCAGGAUCUUGGCUUCCAAGCAUGUAAGAGGAACCUCAGUGCAAAAGUGCUGGAAGUGCUGCCAGGGGGCGGCUGGGACAACUUGCGCAAUAUGGAGAUGGGGAUGGUGAUGAGCCUCAACUACUCCCAGUGCCGGACCACAGAAGAUGGUGAGUACCUCAUUCCCAAUGAUGUCUUUGUGGUGCCCCACAAGAAGAGCGCGCUAGAAGUGCACUCGGAGCUGAUUGAGAACUGGCUGACCUACACAGAUGCCUUUGCUCAGUCUGUCAAUGCUGAGGCGUCCUUCCUUUCUGUGCUUAAUGGCAAGUUCUCUGCUGGCUCCCAGGAGACGAAGACGCACAGUGUCUUCGAUGAGACUGUCACUACGCGGGUGCAAGCACGGUAUCACAUCUAUUCUGUGAAAGCUCGGCCAUCCUUCACCUUCCACGAGGACUUCCGCCAUCAGCUUGUGAACAUCGGCAACCACCUGGAGAACAACCAGAGCCGGGCUGCUGCGUAUCUUGCUGAGAUGCUUGUCCUGAACUACGGCACUCAUGUCCUCACCAGUUUGGAGGCUGGAGCCAGCCUGCUGCAGGAGGACCAGGUGAAACGCAUGUUUUUGUUGGACAAGGUGUCUGAGAAAGCAGCAGUCACUGCCUCAGCAUCAGCAACUUUUUUCAGCAUGAUCAAUGUGGGAAUCGGGGCCUCUGUGCAGUUCCAGGAUGAACUGACAAAGAGCUACCUGGCGAACACCGUGGAUUCCAAGAUUGAGAGCUGGGGCAGUGUGCCUUUCUACCCUGGCAUCACCCUCCAGAAGUGGCAGGAGGGCAUCCCCAACAGGCUAGUGGCUAUAGGCAAGUCUGGGUUGCCUCUGCACUUUUUCAUCACUCCUGAGGCCUUGGCAGAACUGCCAGAACCGACAGUAAGAAGGGUAGCCACUACCAUAAAAAAAGCCAUCUUCCUCUACUAUGCUGUCAACACCCAUCCAGGCUGUGUCAAAGUUGAUUCUAGCAACUUCAACUUCCAGGCCAAUGUAGACGAUGGGUCAUGUCAAAAGCCCAACACUAACUUCACCUUUGGUGGAGUCUUCCAGGAGUGCCAUGGCAUAUCUGGCGAGGACACAGAGGAGCUUUGCCAGCCCUAUCAGAUCCAGAACCCACUGACGGGCAGCUACUCUUGCCCAGCUAACUUUUCUGCUGUCCUGUUGCAUGGAGAGGAACGUACAGCCAGCAAACCCAAGACGGAGUGCCAUAGGCAAUGCCACUCCUGCUGGCUUUUCUUUCAUUGUUGUAACACUGUCUGUGGCAUCCAGUACUACUCCAGCAGAGUGCAGUUCAAUGCCUACUGGUGUGCUGCUACAGCCACAGUGCCUCAGAACUCAGGUUUCCUCUUUGGAGGACUGUACAGUCCUGGGAAUGAUAACCCAGUCACUAACACCUAUUCCUGUCCUGCCUACUUCUUCCCACUGGUCCUCUUUGAUAAACUAAAGGUGUGUGUCAGCAAUGAUUAUGAGAUGGGAUCCCGUUUUGCAAUGCCAUUUGGUGGCUUCUUUAGCUGCCAGUCUGGGAACCCUUUGGCUGGCUUACUGAAAGGUCAGAGCCCUGGGAUCCUUCAGGACUUUUUCUAUCAGGACUCUCCUACUCAAUACCCCAUGAAAUGUCCAGCUGGGCACAGCCAACAUAAGGCCUACUUGAGUGACGGCUGUCAAAUCCUCUAUUGCUUGCAGGCUGGGGCACUUUUUAACCAACAGUUAGCCCCCAUCAAACUCCCACCCUUCUUGCGUGCACCAUCCUCCAAUGUUAGCCUUCCAGAAACCAUCCUGGUGCGCUCUGGUGAUAGCCAGGCCUGGGUGAAAAUGCGCCACACUGGGAGAUGGAGACCAGCCAAUGCCACAGAUGAGAAGGAGAUGCUCCGUCUUUUCCAGGAACAGUCUGGUUCAGGACCAACAGGGGGCACCAUUGCUGGAAUCUCAGUGGCAGUGGUUGUUGCUUUGGCCAUUGUCAUUGCCACCAUAAUUUACAGAAUCCGGCUCCGCAGGAGCAGAGGAUACCAGGAGGUGCAAAAUGGGCUUCUGGCAGAGGAUCGAAUAAGUUAUGGAGCUGCAGAAACUCCUCCAGAACUCAAUGCAGCUUGAGAGAUCUUUUCUACCUGGGCCUCUAGAGCCAAGAUGCAUAUGUUAAGGGCGGGCGGG